AUGGCACAAUUCCUUCACUCAAAUGGUAUCUUGCACAAAUGGGCCUUUGGUGCAAUAGUAGAGCUACUUGAUAAUGUUGUUGAUGAGAUACGGAAUGGGACCACUUUUUUCAUUGUAGAUAAAACUUUAAAUCCAAGAAAUGGAUGCCCAACAUUGUUAAUUCAAGAUGACGGUGGUGGGAUGGACCCAGAUGCAAUGCAGUGCUGCCUGAGUUUUGGAUUUUCAGAUAAAAAGUCAAAAUCAACUUUUGGACAAUAUGGAAAUGGCUUUAAGACUAGUUCCAUGGGACUUGGGGCAGAUGUCGUUGUUUUCUGCCGCCACAUGAAGAAUAGAAAAUUGGCACGGAGCAUUGGUCUUCUAUCUUUUACUUUUUUGACACAAGUAGGAUAUGACAGAAUAGUGGUUCCCAUGGUUGAUUAUGAGGUCAAUACAUCUACUGGUGCAUUGGAUAACUUGCAUAGUAAAGAACAUUACAUAGCCAAUCUUUCCAUGUUGUUGCAAUGGUCUCUAUAUUCAACAGAAGAGGAGCUUCUAAAACAAUUUGAGGAUGUUGGGUAUCAUGGUACAAAAGCCGUCAUCUACAAUCUAUGGUUCAAUGAUAUAAGAGUACUAUGGAGCUUGAUUUUGAGUCAGAUUCUGAGGCGCGGAGGCCAGACAAAGAGGUCGGGGAAGACAUGCAGAGCUCAGAGGACCAAAGCUAGAGCUCCCCCUAGACGUGACAAUAACAAAAAUGAUAAGGGAACAGCUGGAUGGUAG